CACAGUCCAAAACAAAAUAAAGCAUGUUGAUAAAAGCGUGUUCAUUCGUGUAACGGCUUUAACGCAACUUAACUGUUAAAACAUAGCAAAAGUUAAUGUCAAUUUUGCCAGACAUAUUGUGUAAAUAAUAUAAAUCGCUAUAAUAAUAUCAUCCAGCAAACGAUUUUAGUCGACAGAUUCGAUAAAGCGGACACAUUGUGUCAUCAUGCGGAAACUACACGGCAUUUUGCUGUGUUCCCUGUCUAAGAAUCGUAUAUGGGGAUAUCAGGAAAUUCUGGCGGAGGCACUGGUCGUCGUGUGGAUCACCACUCAAAUCUCGGUUAAAUUUGGCACCAGCUUUUUCCCACAAUGGCAAACAGGCCGAACUGCGUCCGAUUAUCCAACCAGCCUGGACACCGUUCUGGAACUUUUCGGAUAUAAAGUACGCGGAUGCGCGUUAAAUGGAAUGCUGGCGCCAUGGAGGAACGUACCGCCGUAUCCCGACGUCCCUGACACGGAAAUUGAAAUCAGCCCCUUGCGUGCUAACCUGGGCUACGCGGGCGCAGUGGUCACGGUGUGCGCCACCAUCAUGCUGAGUUUAUCCGUGGCCGGUUCACUCAUCGUCAACCGGCACUGGCGACUUCCGAAAUCGACGCAUGCGCAUAUGCGUGGUUGUGACCGCAUUACGGUGCUCUUGGACUACCAUCUCCACUGUAUGAAUGCCGAUCUCGAUAAAUCCUAUGAGGAAAUUCCGGUAAAAUCCUGCCUCGCUGUAUUCGGUCUGGAGCUCCUUAGCGUGGUGACUAUGGUUUGCGCCCUUUUGCUGUGGAUUAUCGGUUGUGUUUUGCCGAUUAUCAGUCUGUUAGCAGUAAUUUCGAUUGUGGUCGUGGCUGAGCUCGGUGCCGAAGCUGAGUACCCUUGUUGGGUUGGGUUUGUCUGCCUGUUGAGUCUGCACUGCACCGGCCGGCUCUGGGGACUGUGGAUAAAUGAGGGCUACUUUUCCUGGAUGCGCAAAAAAUUCCGGAGGCCAUGUGGCGUGGAUGAUCCUGCCGAUGCCUCCGGAUCCGAAGAUUUCGCGGAGCCAGAUGGCGCUAUACCGACUGCAGCAGAUGAGCAAAACCGCGAUGCUCAUUAUGAUUCACCGCCCGCUCUCGGUUGUACCAUGGUCGUCGGCUCUUUGACGGUGCUGUACUUUGUGGGGGACCUGGCGUUAAAGCUUCCCGGACUCAUCUCCCUCUUCCGUGGAAAUAUUUACCUCUCCACAACUAAUUGCACGGAAUGCUGUAUUAACAGCGAAGCGAUCUUGGACCCCGGAAGCGCCAUGUAUUCGUACUGGCUCGAGCCUCAAAUGCUAAAUGACAGCUACGCGGAAACCUUAUUAAAAUUUACACCUUCCACUUCGGAGAAGUUUGGAGGCGGAGUAUUCGCGAUUUGGAGUACGUUUGUGGCUGCUCUCUUUCUUGUCCCAUCGGUAACUGUGGCGGUAAUCGCGGUUGGUGCGGGUUUCUGCUGUUUGGUGCGCUGGUUCUGUCAUGACAACACGGAUGAAACCGACGCCAGGGUUGUUGAGACUCUCGAUCCAGCAUGGCACAAGGCAGGAAAGGCAGUGGCCAAGGGAUACGCUGACAUGCAUACAUUGACCUCCGCCUGCGUGUGCCACCGAAUGACCAGAAGUGUGGACGGAAUCAUCGUCGUUCUCCGACGAGCGGCAUGCUGGCUGUUUCUCCCGUUACCCGUAUUGCGACUAUUCCUCGCCGAACAGCUGCAAGUCCCUGGACUGCUAAUAAUCAUGACUGGCUAUCUGGGGUGGGUGUUCUGGAGCAACCACCAGAAUGAACAGAGGAUUGAGAGUGAUGACUUCGAACGCGCUAGACAGCGGAGAGUAUCUCACAGACAGUUACCGGCAGAUCACCCACUUGUUGUGCCAAACAAGCCAUCUGAUGCGACCAAUUUCCCGCAUUGCUCGCACUACCAGUCACGGAUUCCGGGCACAACGGUUGACAGCCAACAAACAGCAGUUUAGAUAGGGCAUAGAAGCACUAGUGUUAUGCGAAAAAAUUUAGUCAUCAGCAUCAGGGUUGCAGAUAAAUUAACAUACAACCGUUCUACAAACUCAAGUUCAGUUUUUAAUCAAAUCGUACAAAUUAAACAAUGCAUUUAUUAACUCAAUUGAUCUGCUUUUUUAUAGAUAGCACUGGCCUGUAGUCACUGUACACUGUUGAAUGCAAUGUAAUAUAAUGAAUGCAAUGUAUUGAAUGCAAUGUAACAGUGGGUCCCUUUGCCAAAAACUACUCGUAGACAAAAAGUUCCUAAUGUAGCUGCUAUAGUUAUUGUUUUUUGUUCAUUUGUAUUGUUUUUUUUGUUUUGGAUUUUGUUGUCCGAAGCUACUUGUUUGCUAGCGCAGCGUUUUAACAUUCUGCUGCGCAUUCUAUGUGCGUUUCCUGCCUGGCAUAGCUGCAUUGUCAUUAUUUGUCAAUAAAUCCGAA